AUGGCAACAGACCCUGAGCUUCCUGCGGUCGACCAACCGCAGACACCGCAGCGCGACGCUACCGAUCAACAAAACAUUAGCCACGCCGAGAUCUCGACAAUGAGCGAGCAAACCACAACGCGUCCCUCGGACCAAGACACGACACCCAAUGACAGAGUGGACCCUGAGACACUUCGCGAUGCAGCCCCAGAUGAAGAACCGGAAUCUUUAGUCGCUGGAAUCGGCAUGGAUAGCAGCUCCUUCGAGUCCUUCGAGGCAGCGCCCAUGGAUCCUAGCAGAGGCCCAGACGAGUCGCUGACAGAAGAAGCCGUUCGCGAGCACCUGAAUGAUAUCGAGUCCAGCUUUCUACCGCGAUUGUCACCAAUCCCAACGGGAGCGAAUGCCUUUGAUGGCGGGGUGGACGACACAUACAUCUUCGACUCGCCCAAUAAGGCCGCCAUGCAGAUGCAUCAGCGGCAGCCACCGCCGCAUGAGGGCGAUUCGACGGCUACUGCACCGGAGAAUACGACAGCAAGCCUGGAGGCAUUCGACUCGUCCCCGACGGCUGCAGCUGUGGCUAGAACCAUGUCACGCGCGGCGAGCACUGCGCGGCAUGGCGACGAACCGACAAUCUCGACAAAAGAAGACAACCAGACUGACGAGACUGUCGAGGACGGCAGCAAAGAGCCGCAAGAAAGCUCACAGGUUUCGAGCGUGGGAGAUCAAGAGGGUUCGCUUUCGCGAGCGCAGUCACUAAACGAACGAGUCGAUGCAGGGAGCACACCGGGCAAUGCCCUGCGCACACAGAAACGACCAAAGUACCUACGAAGCCGACACGGGAGCCAGCGCUCCUCGACAUCCUCCUUCGCAGCGAGCGAGACGCAUGAAGGCAGCGACGUGACGGCUAUGGGCUACAGCGCCGACUACGCUCUACAAUCCGGGGGCGCGAUCCCCGCGCUGGCCACACCUUCGCGAAAUGCUCUCUCGCGCACAAUCAGCAUGGGAAGCGUCGCCUCUGGCUUUGAGGACUACACGGAUCCUUCGCUUGGUCACCUCGAAACUCUGCCCGAAGUCAAUAGUCCCGACCGAAGCCAGAAAGAAGACCUGGCCCAGACCCCCAAGCCCUCCCAAGAGAAUUUUGAAACCGCCCCAACUGACACGGUCAUCGCUCGCCAUGUCAGGAAUGUGCAUGUCCCCGAGUCGUUAGCGAAAGAGUACAAGUACAAGAGCGGUCUCGAGACGCCAAGGCGACCAGCAAACCUCAACAUGGCGGCCUCGGUCACGACCACUGGUAGGACCGGCGGGCGGAGUCUCACCCUCAAGGAGCAGAGCAGCACGAUUGAGAGGCUGUCUAAAGAGAACUUUGACCUAAAACUCAAAGUCAUGUUUCUGAGCGAUCGCCUCGACAAGUUGUCAGAGGAAGGGAUCAAGGAGAUGAUCUCGGAGAAUGUGGAGCUCAAAACAAGCCUUGCGGUGCUCCAGAGGGACAACAGAAUCCUUCGCCGGCGAAUCAAAGAACUGGAAAAGCAGGAGAAGGACAAUGAAGAGCGCCCCAGUACGGCCAAAAGUGGUGCUUCGUCAACAGACCAGACAGCCAAGUUAUAUGACGAAGAUGCGCAGGAACGGGAAGAAGAGCUCUACUUCCUCCGAGAGCGGGUGGAAGAGUACGCGACCGAGAUCGAGCGACUGCGCACCGAGACCACGAAUGCCAUGGACGAAAAACGCAGAAUGACUGAUGUGUUCAAGACCAUGGGAGAUCGGGUCGCGGACGACAACGUCGGACGGCAGGAAGAGGCCGACGUGUGGAAGGACCUUCUGGAGCAAGAGACUGCCCGUCGUGAACAGGCUGACGAUGACAAUCGCAAGCUCAGGGACGAGGUCUUCCGACUUAAGCAGGAGAUUUCAGGUUACGGAGGCCUGCAUCACACCACCAAUAUCUACAACAUCACCAAGAAGCAGCGAAACCGCGAGCAGGGCGGAUCAGGCAGCCGGCCCGUGUCUGGUCUCUCGGGCGACUUUGAAGGCUCCAAUGCCAAUUUCAGUGCAGGGAGCACACUGGUCGAUGAACUUCGGAAAGAGACAGAACAUUUGCGCCAUGAAAAUGCCGAGCUGCGCCGAGAAGUUGGCGCGCAGACAUCCAUGCUGACUUCGAGAAACCGCGAAAAGGAGCGCCUGUACCAAGAGAUUGAGGACCUCAAGAUGGCAGCGCGCCACGGACGCCAAGCACCAUCGACCAUUGACAGCCUCCUCGACAGAUCGGCGUCGCGCGUGGGCGGCCAUGAAAGACCACAAUCUAGAGGCAGCGGCAUGACGCGACGAACUUCUGUCGAGGAAGACAUGGAACAGGAGCGCGACGCACUUGAAGCUAAGCUUGCUGAGAGCCGGGACAAGCUGAGCGAGGUCAAGCUGCAGAACCAAGAGCUGCAGCGUGAGUUGGAGACUUGUAUGGAAGACUUUGAGGCAGCCGUCAAUGGCAAGCGCGAAUCAGAAGAAGCCGCUGUUCAGUUACAGGAAGACCUCGAAAACGCCAUGAACGACCUCAUUGCUUUACAGUCAGAACGGGAUGAAGCAUUGCGCGAGCAGGCGGCAAUGGAAGAGGAGUUUGAGGCCCUUCGGGUAGAGGCGCAGGAAGAGAUCGACGCCCUCGAGCUCGAAGCUGACCAGCGCUCCGAGGAACUGCAGCGCAUGCAGACCGAAUUGACUGAUCGUUCCGAGAAUUUUGACGCCCUGCAGGAGGAGAUGCGAAAGAUGAGCGACGCGCUGAUCGGACUCGAAGACGAACAGGAGAACAAGCUGCGCAGGAUCGAGCAGCUCGAGCUCGAGCUGGACUCAUCCAACAAGGAGCUGGAGGAAUUUGAACGUAAGCUCAUGGAGGCCAACGAGAAGAACCAACGGUUGUCUGUGCAGCAGGAAUCGUCGCAGGAUGAGAUUGGGUUCUUGCGGGAAGAGCAAGAGACGGACAAGAUCAGAAUCGGGGACCUGGAAGCGUCCCUCGCCGGUCUGGAGCACUCCCUGCGCGAAGAAAAGGACCGCGCCCGCGAACUGGACAACCGGCUCAGCCAGGAGCGCGAGCAGCGCGAGAUUGUGGCCAACAAGGAGAAGGAGGAUGUGCAGCAAAUUGUCAAUCAGCUCAACAAGGAGGCCUCGACCGCUAAGGAUGAAGUGCGGCGACUGCGCAAGAGCCUGUCGUCGCGGGAGAUUGAGGCGACCGAGUGGAAGGAGAGGCUGAUUGAGCUCGAGAACAACCUUGGCGAGGCGUUGGGCGAUCUCAACGGCACGCGCUCCUCCUUCUUGAAAUCCAUCACCAAGAUACAGCGCGAGCUGGAGGAUACGAUCCGCGAGCUCGACAGCACCAGGGCCUCGGUGGUGGAGAAGGAUCGCCUCAUCAAGCAGCGGGACGCAUUGCUCGAGUCGCACGCACUGGAGAGUCGCAAGCUCUCCGAGCUGCUAGACAAGGAGCGCGUCAGCCAUCGCAACACCAAGGCGCAGCACGAGACGUUCCAGCGCAACCACCAGCUGCUGGCGCGUACAAACUCCACCCAAGACACGCGCAUCAGCGAGCUUGAAUCGACACGCGGGCAGGACCGUGCGCGUCUCCUGAAACUCGAGCAGCAAAGCCGCGAACAGCUGGCGGAGAGGAACCAGUUGCUGCUCACUCUGUGGCAGAAGCUGAGCGCCUUGUGCGGCAGGGAGUGGGCCAACAGCAACACGCUCAUCGACCGCCAGGUUCUGCCGUCUCUCGAGGUCAUUGCCACUCGCUUGCCUGGCUUCUCCAAGAAUCUGCUUGCGGCUGUUAAGACGAUUGAGACCAUUGUCGGAUCCUUCCAGCUGAAGAUCAAGACCGUCGAGCGCGACUUGACGAGGGAGUACCAGAAUCUCGAGAGUAACCUCGAUGUGCGCAGCAAGAAACUGGACCGGCUGGAGACCAUGGUGCGGAACACGGCGGCGAGCAGCAGCACAUCGUCCUCGGAACUUCAUUCGCGACUGUUGAGGCUGGAGGAUAAGUACCGCCAGCUCAAGGUGGAGAACGCAACCUUGAAGGCGGCCAACGACGCCAGAGCGAGGUCGGCUUAUACUGGUCUCAACCCAGAGGCGCUGAUCCCCGGCGAUCCUGGCUCGCCGUCACCGAGUGUGCCACGUGGACCGAUGGAGAAGGACCGCACCCUCAGGCCUAGUCACGGAAGCAGCAGGACCCUGUCCCGGACGCACACGGCCCCCAGUACCGGCAACGAGAUUGCGCGCCGGGACCCCUCUGUCUCUGAUGAGCCGCAAAACGACAACCGAUGGCUGUUUAGGCUACGGGAGAUGGAGCACAAGCUGAAGCAGGAGCGUGAGGCGCGAAACCAGGACCGCCAAGCGGCACGCGCACGUCUCGGCGGGCUGGAGAAUGAGAAUCGCGACCUGAGAGAACGAGUGCGGCGGGGCGAGGAGUAG